AGAGGCCAUGAGCGCCUAGCGCUCCCUGAGCAACGAGGCGGCUUCGAGAUGGCGGCUCAGAGGAUCCGGGCGGCCAACUCCAGUGGCCUGCCGCGCUGCAGGUCGGAGGGGACGCUCAUCGACCUCGGCGAAGGGUUCUCAGAAAACAGCUUGAGCGACGUCAAAGUGCCUUCCCCUAGUGCCUUGUUGAUCGACAAUCCCACGUCCUUUGGAAAUGCGAAGGAAGUAAUAGCAAUCAAAGAUUAUUGUCCAACUAAUUUCACUACCUUGAAGUUUUCUAAGGGGGACCGCCUCUAUGUCUUAGACACGUCAGGAGGCGAGUGGUGGUAUGCCCACAACACUACAGAAAUGGGUUACAUCCCUUCCUCCUAUGUGCAGCCUGUAAACUACCGCAACUCCUCCUUAACAGACAGCGGCAUGAUAGACAAUCUACUGGAGAGCCCUGAUGAGGGGGUCAAGGAGUUGGAUCUGCUUGGAGAAUGGACUGAUGGGAAAAGAAAUUCUGCCAAAACCUACAGUAAUAACCCUUUCUUGAAUGGAGUUCAGACAAACCCAUUUCUGAAUGGGAAUUUGCAAACAAUGACCAGCUCUGACAAUGAGUCCAACUCCAAAGCUACUGUUGACUUGCUGCUCUUUGACACAGGAGCUCCUAAUUCAGCAGUUUCCAGUUCAGCCGCUAAUAGCAGCAUGGGUAACAUUUUUGAGGAGUUUCCAUGCACAAACAGGUUGGAGAUGGAACAGACUGUGAAACGGGACAAUCCCUUCUUUAGGAGCAAACGCUCCUACAGUUUGUCCGAGCUGUCCGUUCUUCAAGCUAAGUCGGACACUCCAACAUCAGGCUUCUUCAGUGGUUUGAAGUCUCCCACCCCAGAGCAGUUCCAGAGCAGGGAAGAUUUUAGGACCGCGUGGCUGAAUCACAGGAAGCUGGCCCGGUCUUGCCAUGAUUUGGAUUUGCUUGGUCAAAGUCCUGGCUGGGGCCAGACACAACCUGUGGAGACCAACAUUGUCUGCAAACUGGAUAGCUCUGGUGGUGCUGUUCAGCUUCCAGAUACCAACAUUAGCAUCCAUGUGCCAGAGGGUCAUGUGUGCCCUGGAGAAACACAGCAGAUCUCCAUGAAAGCGAUGCUGGAUCCACCACUGGAGCUGAACAGUGACAAGUGCAGCACCAUCAGCCCAGUCCUACAGAUCAAACUGAGCAAUAUGGAGGUGAAAACCUUCAUCAUUUUGGAGAUGAAGGUGUCGACAGAGGUCAAGAAUGACAUAAUGAGCAAGAGUUUGGUGGGACUGCAGUGCCUACGGAGCGAUAUGAAGGAGGGGCCGUACACGCCAAUGCAGCUGAGCUACUCAUAUGGGGACACAAUACAAGUCCAGCUGGAGAAUCUGGAGCCUUGCAUGUACAUCGCAGCUGUAGCCCAAGGGCAGAACAUCCUCUACCCUCACACUGUUUGGGAUUACAUCAGCAAGAAGAUCACGGUUGGUGUCUAUGGCCCAAAACACAUCCAUCCUUCUUUUAAAACUGUUGUGGCUGUGUUCGGCCAUGAAUGCGCACCCAAGACUCUAUUGGUGAAUGAAGUCACACGACAGGCUCACAAUCCUGCUCCUGUGGCCCUGCAACUUUGGGGUAAACAUCAGUUCACUUUGUCACGGCCUCAGGACCUCAAAAUCUGCAUGUUCUCCAACAUGACCAACUAUGAGGUAAAAGCUAGUGAGCAAGCCAAAAUUGUACGAGGUUUCCAGAUGAAGCUGGGCAAGGUCAGCCGCCUUAUCUUUCCCAUUGCAUCUCAUGACCCCAAUGAGCUCUCAGACUUCACUCUGAGGAUACAGGUCAAGGAUGACAAGGAUGCGAUUUUGACCCAGUUCUGUGUCCAGACGCCACAGCCACCUCCUAAAAGUGCCAUCAAGCCAACAGGGCAGAGGCGAUUUCUCAAGAAGAAUGAGGUUGGAAAGAUCAUUCUUUCACCUCUGGCUGCCACUGCCAAGUAUCCAGUUUUUCAGGACCGGCCAGUGUUGAACUUGAAGUAUGGCAAACUACUGAAAACCGUGGUGCGACAAACCAAGAACCACUAUUUGCUGGAAUACAAGAAAGGAGAUGUCAUAGCCCUUCUCAGUGAGGAGAAAAUCAGGUUGAAAGGGCAGCUGUGGACAAAAGAGUGGUAUAUUGGCUACUACCAGGGGAAAAUAGGCCUUGUGCACACCAAAAAUGUGCUUGUGGUUGGGAAGGUCAAGCCCAGCUACUUCAGUGGGCCUGACCUCACUACCAGCCUAUUGCUUGAGCAAAUCCUGAGACCCUGCAAAUUUCUAACCUAUAUUUAUGCCUCAGUGAGGACUCUGCUCAUGGAGAACCUCAGCAGCUGGCGGUCGUUUGCUGAUGCACUAGGGUACUUGAACUUGCCGCUCACGUUUUUCUGCCGAGCAGAGCUGGACAGUGAGCCAGAGCGAGUGGCCUCUGUGUUGGAGAAGCUGAAGGAAGAUUGCAACAACUCUGAGAACAAGGAUAGGAAAUCUUUCCAGAAAGAGCUGAUGACGGCCUUGCUGAAAUUGGACUGCCAGGGGCUUGUCGUGAGGCUCAUUCAGGACUUUGUGCUGCUGACCACGGCCGUGGAGGUGGCCCAGCGCUGGAGGGAGCUUGCUGAGAAGCUAGUCAAGGUCUCCAAGCAGCAGAUGGAUGCCUACGAGGCCCCGCACCGGGACAAAACGGGGGUAGUGGACAGCGAGGCCAUGUGGAAGCCAGCGUAUGACUUCCUCCUCACCUGGAGCAGCCAGAUCGGGGACAGCUACCGCGACGUGAUUCAGGAGCUGCACACAGGGCUGGACAAAAUGAAGAACCCCAUCACCAAGCGCUGGAAGCAUCUCACAGGCACGCUGAUCCUCGUCAACUCCUUGGACAUGCUUCGGGCAGCAGCCUUCAGCCCACAAGACCACGAAGAUUUUGCUAUCUAAGUCGGGUUUCCUGGAGCAAGACGUUCUUCCGCGUCUCAUUUGUUACUGGUGUCUU